ACCAUGUAAAACCUUCGGUUCUCUAUUUAUUGCACCACCCUCCCGCGACCUGCACGCACGUAUCCCCGAGGCCCGAGCCAGUUCUCUCCCAUUUCCUCUGCCUCGUGCCGUCGUCGUCCUCCUCCCCUCGCCGGCCAUGGUGAACACCGGCUCGCCAAGCGGACGCGCCGGCGCCGGCAGGAGGUGCGGCACCCUCACGCACGUCGACCUCCUGACCUUCCUCCUCGCCGCGACGCUCUGCUCCGCGUCCUACUGCCUGGCGAUAUGGCACAACAGCCGCGGCGCCGCGGACAGCCGCGUCCUCGGGCUGAGCGCAGUCGUACCCGGCGCCAAGUCCUGCGGGGGCGACGCCCGCGCCGACGAGCCGCUCGACUUCGUGGCGCACCACACCGCCGAGGCGGCCGGGCUCUCCGUCUCGGCGGCGGCGGCGGCGACGACGACUACGAGCAGGCGGGCAUUGCGCGGCGUGGCGUGGGCUGGGAACGAGGCCCGUGGGGCCGCGGAGGCCGCCGGCGGAGACAAGCUCCGGUUCACGGACGCGGGCGCCGUCCGCGCGUAGGUCGACGCCGUGUUCCGGGUCGUCCCGGCCUCCGCGCGCGCCGCUCUGGACGUCGGAGCCAACGCAUGGUCGUCUGCUCUGUUUCGGGUGCAAAAUUAAGAGGACUUAUGUGAAAAAUGUCUUCGCAGAGACACGGACUUUUUGGUGUUUAGUUGAUCCAACCGAGGAGGGUUUCGGAUUUUUUUUUCUUUUCUUUUAGUGUGGUGCGCAUGCUCGGACGGCAGCUCUCCACUUUAGUGGGCGACCAAAUCAAGAAAGGACCACCGGCGAGGACAACCGGUGACCUCGUCAACCAAAGCCGAGUUGACAUUUUCAUUCAGACACACAGAGGAACACAUCCGCGUACGAAACCACCACAAUUAUCAGUGGCUUGUAUAGUAGCAUGUCAUUUUCUAGCGAGUUGCGGUGGUUACUGUAUCGUGCUAUCUUGUUCAGAGUUCAGAGCUAGACGAAAGCAUAUGCUGCUC